AUGACGGAGGAAGAAUUGGAGACUGCUUUCUCUCAGCUGUCCCUGGCAUACCGCUGUGACCAGUACACCCUGUGCCAGAGGCUGGAGGCUGAGGAACAUGCACGGGACAAGGCUGAGGACAACCUCAAACUGGAAGUGGAAAGAGGCAUGGAAAUGCUUGAGACUCUCAAGGGAAUGUGUUUAGACAUCAAGCGGGCUAGCCUUCUCCAGCGACUUGAGCUGUGUCUUAGAAUAAUUGGGGGCACCAUUGGACGAAUCUCCAGCACAGCAGAAGUUCUUGGGGCUGUGCAUCAGGAGGCCAAAGUGAGCCGUGCAGUGGAGCUGAUGGUGGCUCAUGUAGAGAAUCUAAAGUGUCGUCAUGAAAGAAACAGUGCUGAACUGGAGGAGAUAAAGAAACAGGUGGAGAAAUGUAGAAGAAAGGGACAGGCUUGUGAGCUGAUAGAGGAAAUUGAAGCAACUGAAAAGAUGGAAAAGGAAUCACAGAAGCCACAUUUACGGUGUAGAAUCAGCAUAAAAGUAACCUCAAAGCAAGACCAGAGACAAAAAGUUAAGGAGCCACAAGCCACAACAUUUUCAGUGUCCAAUGAUACCAAUGAAGUGAGAGAAUCAAGCACAAACAAACCCGACCAAACCGAAGAUUGCCUUCAAAUGGAUAGAAGGCAAGUAUUUCCAGAGGAGAGUUCCUUAAAGACUGCUGACAAUAAAGCACCAAAGGAGACAUCCUGUCUUGCUUCUGCUCAAACUCAUUCUAAACAAAUCCGAAGAUAUGAGACAGACCCACACUGUGUAAACAAGUAA